GUAGCGCAGGACCCCGCACGUGUCUCCUAGGCGACGGCAGCAUGCGGCGUCCCAACAUCUUGCUGACCGGUACUCCCGGUGUUGGCAAAAGCACCCUCGGCAAAGAGCUUGCAUCAAGGACAGGGCUGACCUACAUCAGCGUGGGUGACCUGGCAAAAGAAGAAGAACUGUAUGAAGGUUUCGACGAGGAGUAUGAAUGCCCAAUUUUGGAUGAAGACAGAGUAAUUGAUGAACUAGAAGGCAAAAUGUGCGAGGGUGGAGUUAUUGUUGAUUACCACGGCUGUGAUUUUUUCCCUGAACACUGGUUUCAUAUAGUGUUUGUACUUCGUGCAGACAACUCAAUUCUAUAUGACAGGCUUGAAAGCAGGGGCUACAAAGGGAAAAAGCUACAAGACAAUAUUCAGUGUGAAAUUUUUCAGACACUUUAUGAGGAAGCUGUGUUGUCAUACAGAAAGGAAAUUGUGCACCAAUUACCCAGCAACACUCCUGAAGACCUAGAGAGAAAUUUGGAUCAGAUCGUGCAAUGGGUUGAGCAAUGGACAAAGGACAACAAUUGACAACUGGAGAAAAAGCAACUGUUCUAGUUUUGAUUGGGAUAGACUUAAUUUUCUUCUUUUCAGCUUCCCAUGCUGCUCUGCCACCAUGGAUUGCAAAUAACAAAAUGGCUUGGUUUGGAAGGGGCUUACCUAGUACAGUGCUGUUCAGUAAACAGCUACCUGUUGGGUCCCUCCAUCUCAGCCAUCACCAGUGGUCUCUCUUUUGAUCAGCAUUCUCAUCAGCACUUCAGGAUUCUCAGGAUAAAAUACUUCCUGACUCAUUUCUAACUCUGUAAUCUGGUACAGGGUUCCAGACCUAGCUUCUGUUUAUCAGCCGAUUUAGCCAGACUCAAAAAUUCUGGCUUGCUUUCUGAGAUUAAGUCACGAUCUAUCUCUUGUUCUUUUUCUUCUAAUUUAGUCUGCAAAACUUCUUCCUGAUCUAAUUCAUCUUCCAGUGCCACAUGAAGUUAUUAACUAGUAGCUACUCACUAAGCUACUAACAUUCAGCAGCUAACAGGAUCUGUAUGCUUUUCAUUUAUUCCUGCAAGGAUUUAACCAUUUCAUCACUAGUAUAUCUAAUAAAACCUAUCUCUGGGCUGUCACCAGUGCUCCUCCCAA